UGGCAUCUCUUUAACGUUCCAAGGCUGUUCCCUUUUCCGCUGCGCCUAGAACCUUCCAACCCUUCCUCGUUUUUCCGUCUACCCAAACCUAAUCCCGGCGACAAUGGCGACCACCCCUAAGAAGUUCACCCUGAAGUCGUCCGACGGCGAGACCUUCGAGGUCGAGGAGUCAGUUGCCGUCGAGUCUCAGACCAUCAAGCAUAUGAUCGAGGACGACUGCGCCGACAACGAGAUCCCGCUCCCCAACGUUACCAGCAAGAUCUUGGCCAAGGUGAUCGAGUACUGCCGCAAGCACGUCGAGUCUGACGCCGAGAAGGACAAGCUGGCUACCUCCUCUGACGAGUCUCUCAAGACCUGGGACGCUGAUUUCGUCAAGGUUGACCAGAAUACCCUCUUCGACCUCAUCUUGGCUGCUAACUAUCUCAACAUCAAGGGGCUGCUGGACUUGACCUGCCAGACUGUGGCUGAUAUGAUCAAGGGGAAGACACCUGAGGAGAUUCGCAAGACGUUCAACAUCAAGAACGAUUUCACCCCAGAGGAGGAAGAAGAGGUCAGGAGGGAGAACCAGUGGGCGUUUGAGUGAUCACCUACUUAGAGAGACUUUGCCAUCCCCCAUUAUCUACCGUUUUAUGUCUAUAUAUUAGGAAUGUCGAUAUAAGAUUUUAGAGGAAUUCAAAACAAUCAGGUCUUUUGUUAUGCUCAGUGAAGCUCAUCUCUUUUGUCCUGAAUUUCUCUUCUAGGUUGUUGCUGAACACAGCAGAACCAUUUCUUCUCGGUUAUGAUAUGAUAUAUAAGUAGUACAUUGGAACCAUCAUUAUUGCAGUCCCUCGUUCUUUUCUUUUCUCUUGUGUGCAAAUUACAGUGCAAUCAUGGCUGAGUUUUAUUCAUUCAAGAGGAGGAAUAGCAAAUGGGGAUACGUCGACCCAUUAUGACACACGGAUUUUAUCAGCUCUGCGAGAUACUGAUUGAUUCUGACCUUGAACUCCGCCAUCAUGACUGGAGCUUCCCCGCUUUGAAAUGGAUUCCUAAUCAUAGUUGCACCUCCAUGCGAUUGAACACUUGGAGCAUCGUAUGCUCCAGGAGGAUACAGUCUGACCUAUAUAUUGAUAUCAAGACUCAAAUUAUCAUAAAUGAGG